AUGUCGAAGAGUGAAGUUAGACCUGAGUCCGAUGACGAGUGGCUUGUCGAGCUGCUGAGUAGUCAUGCCGGUAGCAGUUCCAGGGCGGCAGAAGCGGCAGAAAGCUCCAUGGAUGUAGAAGGCGAUACCUUGCAGCAGCUGUUGACGAGUGAUGGGUCUGGGUCACAUGAUGGAUGGGAUGAGCCUUCUUUGUCAAGCCUGCUGGCCAAGCAUUCAGAGUUUUGUAAAGGGGGACCAUGUGUUGCAACGGCAGCGAGCCGAUGCGAAAAUCCUGUGAGCUUUUCGGGUGCCUUUGUCAUGGUGGAUGGUCGUCGCGAGCAGCUGGUCAGUGCAAACUACUACAAGACACUCAUUCCUGUCGCACUGCAGAACCUGCCACGACUUCAGUCGGUUAUGCGAACCGUGCUUGCAGAUCCUCAGAUACAUGUGGAUUUUUUGACAUGUCAGCUGGCAUCCAAAAUUCUGGAACACGCCUACACCCGGAUCCGCCAUCUCAUUUCUACUUCCGUGAAGUUUAAGAUCGGACAGACAGCAGACCCCUCCCAUCGCUGGAGACGUGCUGCCCAUUCUUACCUGCUCGAGAAGCCGAGAGUAUUCCGGAGCAUGAAGCUGCUUGCGAUUUUCGAGCAUGGGGAGGCUGCUGCAAUGCUCGAGGCGGCACUCAUUGCUACGUUUAUUUCUCACGAAGCUUGUUUGAAUGUGGUCCUGGGAGGAGAGUCUAUCUCCAAGAUAGAUGGCUACGCAUCGCCAACUCCUGGCCCGCCGAGACGUUCUGCAGUCUUCGUGGCCCAGGACAAUAGUGACGACGAGAAGGAGGACGAUGGCAAGAAGGCGAAGGCCGAGGUGCCAGCAGUGAAGAAAGCCAAAACGGCCGACGACCACACGCAGCCGAAACCCAAGGAGACCGACGACAAGAAGCAGCCGAAACCCAAGGAGACCGACGACAAGAAGCAGACGAAACCCAAGGAGACCGACGAGACCGACGACAAGAAGCAGACGAAACCCGAGGAGACCGACGACAAGAAGCAGGCGAAACCCGAGGAGACCGACGACAAGAAGCAGGCGAAACCCGAGGAGACCGACGACAAGAAGCAGGCUGAUGUGACGUGGAACAACCUGCACGAGAAGGCCGUGUGCGAUGGCGAGUUCAGUUCCGAGCCCUUUGUGACAGACGACGAGGUCUAUGUGUCCUUUGAGUCUGGCCUGGAGUGGCGGGUGCCGCAUUUGGUGCCCGAUGACUUGAAAGGCGGGCAAAAAGCUUUGCCUAUGGUCGGAAAAGCCCAGCAGCCGAAGCGGAAGCCCAAACCCAAAGCCUCUCCGAAACCAGUGCCUGAUUUUGAUCUAGGCUGCUGCAGGAUAAAAUACUGUACGCAGGGCACCAAAAUGCCAAUCUUGAAGUUCGAGGUGCGAGCUGACAGGACUGGGCCGUGUUCGCUCUUCAAGCAAAAGAUGCAAGUGGUAGUGAAGGAAGGUGGCUUCACGGCGGAGCAGGGGAUGAACUUCCUCAAAAGCUUCGCCUUUGCUUACGAUGGCAUGAACAUGAACCCCGACGAGAUAGAUUUCAGGGUUUGCAAGCAAUCGUUGCUUGACUACGGGUCCAAGAACGGAGUUGAUUGGAGCAAGCAUCUGAGCUGGAAGUUCAUCAACAAGCUAAAGCUGCCGGGGUUUCCUGAGGCGAGCAUCGGUUUGAUUUAG